AUGGAGAAGAAGACCAAGAAGGAAGAAGGAGAAGCUGAGAAAGCAAGACAAGAAGAAGAAGAAGAAAGGAAGAAAAACAGAGAGACAGAGAGAGCAACGGUGAAGGGUCUUCCACACGAGCAAGUUCCUCAGCCCGGGAAAGAUUUCUCCAGCGAAGCUCUCGAGAAUCUCCAAAAUCAUCCCAAGUACUUGUCUGAAUAA